AUGCUGCAGCUUAAAAGGGAUUCAAGGUAUGGACAGUUGGUCUCGCUAUUGACAAAGCAGACGUUUCUGGAACCGUUGGUGUCGCGUCUACUCACCGUUGUUUUGGACACACAAAUGCCAUUGAGCGAGAAGGACAAGCUUGACUUGAUCAGCUCCUGCUCCAGACCGCGGGGCAGGCUAACAUGCAGAUUGAUUUUACAAAUCACGGCAAGUUUUGGGCCACUGCAAUUGACACCAGCAAAGGGAAGCAGGGGAAGAAGGAGAAGAACCUUGCAAGAGAGGCGGGUUUCAGAGCGGAUCCAAGUGGCGUUGGCAGCAUGGGUUCGACAAGAACUUGUCCAACAUGUUGAGGAAUUUAAAGAGUUUCAUCAUGUAUUGGUGCCGUGCUUAUCGCGCUGUUUGAACUUUGUCUACUUGCGUGACGACAUUACGCUUGCACUCGACCUGAUCAAAAAGUUUCUGUCAAAAAUCAGGGCCAAAGUAAUACGGAACCGGCAUAGGGAAAUAGUACCACCUCAGGAUCCAAAUUUCGGCCAAAACAAAGAAUGCUCCAGCUUGCCAUCAAGUAAAGAAAUUAAGAACUUUGACCGGCAUACAAAUAUCCAUCCGCCAGGAAAAGUCGGGUCGAGGCUCAUACCGGACGACACUCGAGAACCUGGAGAGGAUCCGCCUUUGAAAAGGAGAAAAUUGUCGGUUUCCAACGAGGCCUUCUGGCGGGACCUUCUCUGCGACUCCCUCGCUCUGGACUCUUUUCUUUCAAACUCAACUAAAUGCAUUCUGUUGGUUGGAAGGGUGGUUGAGCACCCAGACGAACAUGUUGCUCUCGAUGACGCCAUUUCCAAAAGUCUUGCGAAUUUGGACGGUGACGAAAAAAGAAGGAAAGUGGUGGAGUCAAAAGUACUCAAGAUGAUAUCCUCGUAUAGCGCUGGUGAGAUAAACUUUCCCCUGAUUGCCUACGCAGACAUUAUGGGCUCACGCGACAAAGAAGAACGACCUGAAAUUAUGGCGACGACAACAUGUGGUUUUGAGUGGUUGCAACUUGGCCGCCUCGCAGAUGGCGAGGUCGAAGAAAUUCUAGCAAAGAAGGCAUCCGCAUUGAAGUCCCUCUACUUUGAGGAUCCGCAUGCCGGUGAAAAGGCUUGCCUGGAGUUUAUCCAGAGUCUGAUCCGGCCGAUUCUUGCGAUGGAAUCUGACAACCAGAGAAAAUCUUGCAUUCUAGAAAAACUCAUUGAACUAUGCCAGUUUUGUGGGGAUAGUAAACUAGAUUUGAGCUCAGUGUUGAUACUUUUACUACAGAGGUUCAAUGCCGAGUCCCAGGAUAGUUGCCGAGUCCGGAUACCCUUGUCCCGCUCGUUGGUGUAUUCAGGUGUGCUUUCCGGGGACUUAAACCAUUUGGACUUCAUCUGCCAUGUGCUCGCGUUCAACAAGAAGGUCGGAUGCGAAGGCCAGGUGGCACGGGCAAUACAAAACUCGUACAUCAUGGACUGCCUAAACAUGCUAUGGCGGAACAAGUUUCUCCAUCUCGACCGCAAGCUAAACUCGAAACAGCAGGCUUUCUACUUGAGAUCUGCAAUCUCAGGCACCGUUGACGGAGGCACUCUGAGCGACCCCGUCCCGCUUGGAGAACGCGGAGCAUUACUCAUUAACCCAGCAACCACGUUUCUUUCAGUUGCAAAUUUCCGCUCCAUGGAAGACGUAGAUGACAAUCUUGGUGCGCGCCAUGAAGGACCGGUGACAGAAGAGAGUAUCAUGAAAGCUGACAGCUGGCUACCGUACACACCGGCGGAAAUUAAUCUUCGGACUCUACAAAUGUUGGACGAGAGUUUCCCCGGCGUGGGCGACUUGCUAUUUUCCUCGCUAAAGUCGUUGGUCGGACAGAGAUUGGAAAAAGCUGCUGGUAAUGGUGGUAGUGGUGGCGGCGGUGGAACCGAUUGA